AAAUUUUAAAAAUUAUCCACCACUCAUAUAUUAAAGCUUUUCAUUUUCGUUUUAAUUUUCGGUUAUUAUAUUAUUUUCAAUUAUGAGUGACAAAAAACCCGAUUCGAAUUCCGACUUUAAUUCUAGUUCCAAUUCCGAUUCUGAAACUCAAUCAGCAAGCAGUGUGGACUUGGAUAUGCCGCAGCAGCAGUAUCUGUGUCCAAUAUGCUUGCAAUCCGUCAGCAACAAAUGCUACACCGACCCCUGCUACCACCAAUACUGCUUGCCUUGCUUCUUGCAAUGGGCAAACCACAGUCAGCGCUGUCCGCUUUGUAAUGCACACGUAACAGCCACUAUCCACUACACUUUAACAGCCAGCCAGCCCGUGCGAACACCACUUCUUACACAACGACAGACACCUCCCACGACGCCUGCUAGAUAUAUUCAAUAUGGGCGCAGCCAUUUGUUAGAGCAAGCAGAUAUUGAAUUGGGGAUGCGAAAGCGUGAGUCUGUUUAUCGACACAAUCUAUGUCGAGUGAAUAACAACAGGCGCAUGCGGGUGUCUCAUCUUGGGUCGUUGAAGAAAAUGAUUCAAAAUGAGAGAUGCAGAGAGUGGAUUCGGAGAGAUUUGCGUGUUAUUUUGGGCGUACACCAUGUCGGGUUUUUCGAAGAGAUGGCAGUCGCUAUGGUUGGCACCGGCGAUGUAGCAGGAUUGGAAGUAGUUCUAGGAGAGAAAACAGGGCGGUUUGCCGACGAGCUGGUGGCUUUUGCUAAUUCAUCGUUGAAAAUGGGGGUUUACGACAAGUACGUGGCUUACGAUACAUUGUCAAUUAGUUGACUUUAAAUAGUUGUACUUGUCGAAUUAUUAUUUUAUAGCAAUGCAUUUAAACGCGUAGGUUGAUAUGCAUGCAGGUGAGCGACCUCUUUUUUUAAAUGUCAGUCAAAAACAUUAGAAAGAAAUUACACGGCGCUGUUGUAACCUUUGGCAAAUGAAAAACAAAUGUUGGCAUUUACAGCUUGGAUGGAGUUCAAAGACACAGUGCGUAAAAAUAAAUUACGUUAUUUCAAGUUCAUUUUAUUUAUUUUUUGUUUAUUAAAGACCAG